AUGGCGACGGAGCUUCUGCCUCCAACGGGCUCUCCAGUGACCUCAACCGCACCGCCGAGCAGUGCUGCAACGACCACUACCGAUUUUCCUUCUUCCGCUGCGACAUCAUUUGUGGCUUCGACGCACAUCGCGCAUCGCGGUGCCGAGCUGUCACAGCACGUAAAGCAAGUCGCCAUCCCUACCGCAAUCCUUGGGUUCUUUGUCUUAGCUCUUGUACUCUAUAGCCUCUACCGGUGGCUUCAAGGCACAACGGUCCAUGAAAUUAUUUGUUUCCGGCGACAUGAGCCCAGCGAGAUCCUACUAAGCCCUCGGCCGCAAAACAAGGGACUGACAGCGUUACCAAUACAUCGAGAGAUACGAUACUCGGUGGAUUCUUCAAGGCACCCAUCUCAUGUUCACCUUGCACGACCGCCUCAUGAAGCUCCGCUUUUACCCCCAUUGAAGCACUUGACACUGACGACGUCCGAUCCCACCACAUGCGACAACACUCGACAUGCCGUGACAAAGUCGACCACGGCGUCUGAGACGCACUUACGGAAGCCGGAAAGGGUGUUGACCGGUUUCGACAGAGGGCGUUCAAAAGUGCAGACAUCGUCCAGCAAAGACACAACCAAGUCCGACUUCCGCGUCGGAAUCCGCGAGUCAAAUGUGGAUCUGGCGAAUGGCGAGCGCGAUAUAGUAUCACCUGAUCGCUGGAGCUGGACCAACUCGCAGGCUCCACCAACGCCUCGAGUAUAUGCGCCAAGUCUUCACUCCUCGAUCUCAAGCUUGUCGCGCUUCCUCGGCGUCAGAAGCUGGGUUCGAAGCCGCCCGUGGCGCAUCGAUGAGGAGUGUCCCCCAUUGCCUAAGCCCACCAUUGCGAAAUGGCCAAGUCUGAAGAAUAAAGCAUCAUUUCCGGUCCUGGCCCCACGGUGA